GUUGAUUCACGACAGUUGGUGUACGAAUUUUGAAGUAAUUUAUUCCUAAAGAAGGGAAUAUUUUUUACUAUGUGGAGUGCAGUACUAACUCUAGCGUGCGCAGUUGCGUACGUGUCCGGGCACGGGCGCGUCGUGGAGCCCCCCAACAGGGCGUCCAUCUGGCGCUACGGGUACGACUCCCCGGCCAACUACGAUGAUGACGGCCUAAACUGCGGCGGGUUCUACACACAGUGGUCCAUCAAUGAUGGCAGGUGCGGUGUCUGCGGUGAUGCCUAUAAUACCCCAAGCCCCCGCCCUCAUGAGUUAGGGGGGAAAUACGGCAAAGGCUACAUAGUGGCGACGUACGCCCCCGGAGAAGUUAUUACCACGAACGUCUACAUCAGCGCCUACCACAUGGGCUUCUGGGAGUUCCGAAUCUGCACGGACCCCUACGACAACACACAAGAAUGUUUCGACCAACACUUAGUGGAGCUAGAGGAUGGGGAAACCAAGUACUACCCAAAAGACGGCAGCGCGUACUACGAGGUUAAGUACCGCCUGCCCACCGACUUAGUUUGCGACCACUGCGUCUUACAAUGGAAGUACACUGCUGGUAACAACUGGGGCUUCUGCGAAGACGGGACGCAAGGCCUGGGGUGUGGUCACCAGGAGAACUUCUUCACUUGUUCGGAUAUUGCGAUCUUAGGAGAUUCCUCUUACUACCCAGAACCAACCCCACCGCAACCAGAGGAAGAUACGACCGUCCUUGCUGAAGUCCCCAUUGUCAAUUUAAACGGAGGUGAGGACUUAAACAAGAAAUAAAACUAACUUGAUCUGGGAGCUCUUCGUCAAGACUUAAAGUAAUAUUAUUGCGGGUGUGGAAGAGGAAGACGCUCUACGCCGUGUUUUGUCACGCUUCCAAAUCUAUAGUAUUUUUACUUUAAGUAGUGAUGGUGACCCUCUGUUCAUGAUGUAUUAGUUUUAGCUGCACUCCUUUAGAAGGCGCACUAAUUGAGUACACAGGUAAUUCUUGGAAUGAAAGGAAACAUCGUCUCAUAGGUAUGAUGGUGGUACCUACUGCGGUAACAUUUACAGCUAAAACUAAAAACUACACUUGGUUGUGACGUGAUAACGCUUAACUAAUUAUAAGGAAAAAUGAGGCCAUUCUUUAAAAGCUUUUGUAAAUUAACUAUAAAUAUAUAUUUUUUUAACA